UUCAGUUUGGAUUUGAUCGCAAAUAGGAACGUACUUAUAACAUCAAGAUGGAUUUGAAGAUGUUUACCGCUUGUUUGAUAAUGACUGUCUUUUUAAUCAAGCAUUCUGACGCCGCGAUCACUCAAUGGCAAGGUACACAAGCUGAUGGCACUGCCAUUCCUGCCUUUACUGCUGGAGCUGACUCAGAUCAGACCACGGCGAUUGAGUUGGCUGAGGGUACAACAGGGACUCUGUUCACCCUUACUGCAACAGCUGAUGCUGGAACAGUUACAUACACAUUCGAAGGUUCCGGCAACCCUGGCAGCAUUGCCGAUUCCACCAUUAGUUCCGCAGGAGUUGUCUCACUUGCUUCUGGACAAUCACUUGACUACGAAUCAGGGACAACAUCAUACAUUUUCAAAAUAAUCGCCACCUCAUCUUCAGCUGCCACUGAUACGGGAACGGCGACGCUGACGUUGAGCAUCACUGACCGCACUCUCUGGACUCAGACAUCUUAUGUCGCAUGUUUGUCUGGCACUUCGAUGGCAGCAGGGGCAAGCAUUGGCACCUAUGCUUCUACGGAUGCCACAAGUACCCAGACUGUUGCAUUCACAGUCACGGGUGGUGCCGACCAGGCCAAGUUUGCGAUUGAUUCUUCUACUGGAGCGUUGACCGUGGCAGCUUCAAAUACUCUGGAGACAACCACAAAAUAUGUUUACAUCGUUGAAUUGACCGCCACUAUAACUGGCGUACUUGCUGAAGUCACAACCGUCUAUGUAGCUUUGGCUUGCUCCAGCGGGGCUGGGCAGAUUACUGCCCUCCUUGGCGUUCUACUAAUGUCCGUGCUACCAUCUCUCUUCUGCUAAUCGACAUAUUAUCUAAGCGAAGACUAAAAUAUGAAUCUAUUUAUAUUUGAAACUAACAAUAUGAGGAAGCCACAUUCCUGGUAACAUUUUAUCUUUAUCAGUAUUUAUUUCUUUGUUUGAUGUGUUAUUCUUUGUCACCACAUUGUUUGAUACAAGGCUUUUGUUGCCAUGGACAGCGAUGUCGGUUUGAUAUUUCUUUAAUGUAUGAAACCAUUGUCUGGGAUAGAUAUUAAACUUACUUGAUGAACUGAACAUUUGCUAUUACUUAAAUUACGAUUACUACGAUUUCUUACAUGGUGGAUUUUUUUGUGUGUGUUUUGUUAGAUACAUAAAAAAGAUGGUUUUAUUACAGUCAAUCAAUGUUGACAUUAUGUACAGUCUUUCUAUCUGUCUCAGACUAAAGUUAAAAAUCUUUGCUUGUUUUCAAGUACAAUACUCUUAUAUACGAUGAUCUGUCCUUAAUGAAAUUCCUUCGGGUUUUGAAAACGGAUUUGACAUCAAUCCUCUUUCUAAAGGUUUAUUAUCGAACACCAGACAGAGUUUUAUUUUAUGACACUUGUGUUGAUGAACUAUCAAAAUAAUGUUUAUCUGAAGAAAAAUGUUGACGCUGAUAUAAUAUCUAGUUGUUGAAUCGAAAUAAUAUAUAUUUAAAUAUUUAUUGGAAACGUAUUUUAUUUUAUGGUCUUGUUUCAGUAAUAAACAUUUAG